GCGGGGGGCGCGGAGACCGCUCGCAGUCCCAGCUGAGCGCAGCCUGCCUGGGUCGGCCUUUGCUAUGACCUCCAAACAAGCCAAGAGGAAAGAUGUGCAUCGUAUCUACUCUGCUCAAAGCUGGGACAAAUCUAAAGAUCAGUACUAUUUUGGCAGCAAUAUACAAGCCAGUUCUGUUGAGCAGAAGAAGGGGAAAUUCUCUAUCUGGCCAGAGUGGAAUGAAGCUGACAUAAAUGCGGAAAAGUGGGACACAGGCAAAGGUGGAAAAGAAAAGGACAAAACGGGGAAAAGCCCUAUACUUCAUUGUUUUGAGGACCCUGAAGGAAAGAUUGAAUUACCACCAUCGUUGAAAAUUUAUUCCUGGAAACGUCCACAGGAUUUUAUAAUUAAUCGGACUCCAGUAGUUGUGAAAAAUGAAAUCCUGUUAGACUUGUUUUCAGCAAAUGAACAUUUAUUCUGCAGUGAGCUGAUGAGAUGGAUUAUCAGCGAAAUCUAUGCAGUGUGGAAGAUAUUCAACGGGGGUAUUUUGAGCAAUUAUUUUAAAGGGACUGCAGGGGAACCCCCUCUUCUCGCCUGGAAACCCUGGGAACACAUAUACUCCCUAUGCAAGGCUGUGAAGGGUCACAUCCCUUUGUUCAAUAGCUAUGGAAAAUAUGUUGUAAAACUUUACUGGAUGGGUUGCUGGAGAAAGAUAACCAUUGAUGACUUUCUGCCUUUUGAUGAAGAUAACAAUAUAUUGCUUCCAGCUACAACUUGUGAAUUUGAACUCUGGCCAAUGCUUUUGUGUAAAGCUAUCAUUAAGCUGACAAAUGUUGACAUCCAUGAAGCAGAGAGGCGAGAACUGGGAGAGUUCACCGUUAUUCACGCCCUCACGGGAUGGUUACCAGAAGUCAUUUCUCUCCACCCAGGAUAUAUGGACAAAGUUUGGGAGCUCUUAAGAGAAAUAUUGCCUGAUUUUAAGCUAUCAGAGGAGUCCAGCUCUGAAAGCAAACUAACAAUGAUGGAUACCAAAUUAAAAGAAUCAGGGAAAGAAGUGAAGGAUGGCAAAGAAGUGAAAGAUGGCAAAGAAGUAAAAGAUGGCAAAGACUUCAAACCUGAAACUUCAGUGACAACACUAAAAUUACUUGAGAAAAGUGACAAACUUCCAAAGGAGAAAGCAGACGCAAAAGACGUUGGGAAGAAGAGGAGCAAAGACGGAGAAAAGGAAAAAUUCAAAUGGUCACUUCACGGUUCAAGACCCUCAUCAGAUGUACAAUACUCCCUGCAGUCUCUGUCAGACUGUUCUUCAGCAGUACUGACCCCUUACAUGGUGGUAUAUGCUACCUUUACACCUCUCUAUUUGUUUGAAAAGAAGAUAUUUUCAUUAGAGAAGAUGUCCACCUCGGCUGAGAAGCUGCGAGAAUAUGGCCUGUCCCACAUUUGUAGCCAUCCUGUGCUGGUGACCAGAACCAGGUCUUGCCCUCUUGUAGCUCCACCCAAACCAGCGCCCGUGCCUCCCUGGAAACUCUUUCGUCAAAAAAAAGAAACUGUUAUAACAGAUGAAGCUCAAGAAUUAAUAAUAAAGAAGCCUGUACAGUUUCUUGAGAUAUCAAGUCCAUUUUUGAAUUAUAGAAUGACUCCAUUUACAAUUCCAACAGAAACUCAUUAUGUACAAUAUCUUAUUAAGAAAGGGAUGCCUCCAGGAUCUGGUUUAUCUUCCUUUACUGAAAAUGAUGAAACUGCAAACUUGAGUCCAUCAGAAUUAAGUCAAUUGACAGGAACUAUGUCUCAGGGUAAAAUUGCUCCACAGGUUACACUUGGAAAAGAUGAACUAAUAGACCUUGGAUUGAAUGACACAGCCCAUCUAGCUGAGGGGUUUAGUUUGGAGCGAGAUUUAGUCAGCCAGACGACAACAGCACUGGAAAAAUCACAAGAGGAACUUAUAGCAAUAAAUAAUGGUGUUUCUAAAGAAAUAUGGUUAGAUUUUGAAGACUUCUGUGUAUGCUUCCAGAAUAUCUAUGUUUUCCACAAGCCAAGUUCAUAUUGCCUUAACUUUCAAAAAACAGAAUUCAAGGCGGUAAAAAAAAGUUUAGCUUUAACAAAGGAUAGCCCCCCCAUAGAGCCUGGACUACUUACAGUUGAAACACUUUCUUUGAAAGCUCUGAAGCCACGUGAUCUGGUUCUGAAAAUUCAUACAUAUGCUACCAAGGCUACUAUGGUUCGCCUGCCAGUUGGGAGACACAUGCUGCUCUUCACAGCGUAUUCCUUGAUAGGGCAUUCCAUCCACAUCUGCAGCAUGGUGACUUUUGUCAUUGGGGAUGAAGAUGUUGUGUUACCCAACUUCGAGCCGGAGAGCUACCGAUUUACAGAGCAGUCUCUAAAAAUUAUGAAGGCUGUCGGAAAUGUGAUUGCUAAUUUCAAAGAUAAGGGUAAACUUUCUGAAGCGCUGAAGGAUCUACAAACAGCUCACUACCCUAUACCCCUUCACAACAAAGAAGUAACGGCACAGCACUUCAGGGUUUUUCAUACAUCUUUAUGGCGUUUAAUCAGAAAAACUCAACUAGCAAAAUUUCCUUCAAACUUGAAAUUUGCAUUCCGUGCUAUAGUUUUGGACUUGGAUUUAUUCGAUUCCUCCUUGGAAGAGGCUUCUUUAGCGGAAUGGGUAGAUGUUAAAUAUUAUAUACCAAUAAGCGAUAAAGAAUAUUCUCCUGAGGAAGUCGCAGCAGCAAUUAAAAUUCAAGCCAUGUGGAGAGGGACUUAUGUCAGAAUGCUUAUGAAAGCCAGAACACCAGACACAAAGGAAAAUACCAGUGCUGCAGAUACUCUUCAAAAAGUUUGGGCUAUAUUGGAAAUGAAUAUAGAACAGUAUGCAGUUUCCCUCUUGAGACAAAUGUUUAAAAGCAAGUGCAAGUCCAUUGAAUCCUAUCCAUGCUAUCAAGACGAAGAAACUAAGAUUGUUUUUGCUGACUAUACUGUGAGUUAUGGAGACCAGCCACCAAAUAGUUGGUUCAUAGUAUUCAGAGAAACGUUUUUGGUUCAUCAAGAUAUGAUUUUGGUUCCCAAAGUAUAUACUACACUCCCAAACUGUGUGCUCCACGUUGUUAAUAAUGACACAAUGGAACAAGUGCCAAAGGUGUUCCAAAAAGUGGUGCCUUAUCUUUAUACCAAGAAUAAGAAAGGGUACACGUUUGUGGCUGAAGUGUAUACUGGUGACGCACAAGUAUCUGCCUCACGAUGGAAGUUGCGCCUCAUUGGUUCUUAUAAUCCACUCCCAUGCCUCUCUCGAGACUUUCCAUGCAAUACCUUUGCCAUAAAGGAAAUCAGGGAUUACUACAUGCCCAAUGAUAAAAGAAUUUUAUUCAGGUAUUCAGUUAAAGUUGUAUUACCACAUCCUGUGACAAUACAGGUGCGCACGUCCAAACCAGAUGUAUUCAUCAAGCUGCAGAUCCUAGAAAAUGAAGAAACUAUUGUGAGCGCCACCGGGAAAGGCCAAGCUCUAAUCCCAGCAUUUAACUUCUUGGGGAAUGAGAAAGCGUUGAGCUCCCAGUCUAGCAAGCAAAUUAUUUUAAGUCAUGUUUCAGCCAAGAAAGAUCAAGAAUUGUACAAUAAGAAGAAGUCUGCCCAGGGAAGUCAGAAACCUUCUAAGGGUAGACCUGGAAGUGCCGCAACAGACCCUGGUCAGCUCACUUUGGACGAUGAAAACCUGAGUGCAUCCACUAUAGAAGAAAGUGCCAGCACCCCACAGCAGAAUUACAAGUAUAUUAUACAGUGUUUGGUAUUGUAUAACAGUUGGCCUCUCACUGAAAGUCAGCUGAUGUUUGUUCAAGCACUAAAAGACUUAGAGAAAAAUGAUAACAAAGUUCAUGGAGAGAAACAUGAGGAGUUAAUUCCCUUGGGAAGCCCAGAUUCCCAUGCUAUUAGUGAGGGGCAAAAAUCUUCCGGAACAUCCAGAACAACAAGGAAAGGCAAAGAAAAGUUUUCUGAGAAAGAAAAGACAGCCAAAGAAAAACAAGCACCUCGCUUUGAGACUCAGAUGUCCACUGUUCACUCUCAACAAGAAGACCCAAACAAACCCUACUGGAUUUUGAGGUUGGUCACUGAAUACCAUGAAGCAGACUUUUUUGAAGUGAAAAAAGAUACAGAACGAGCAGAUGAAAUCCGAGCCAUGAAGCAAGCCUGGGAGACGACGGAGCCAGGAAGAGCCAUCAAGGCUUCUCAAGCUCGUCUGCGUUACCUCAGCCGUUUCAUUAAGAGAACCCCAGACGCCGAGAGUGUGCCUGUGCCUGGGUUAGAAAGCCAAAUGAGAGCAGAGGAUGAAGAAAUACCUACAAGUUCCAUGAAAGAGCCAGAAACAAAGAGCCGUGGGAGUUUAGAGAGCAGAGAUGCAACACAAUCAGGGACUGUGCUAUGGAAGAAAUGGCAAAUGACCAAGAGCUUAAAGGAUCUGGCAAAAUCGAUAAGCAGUGAAAGUGGAGGAGCAAGCCAGGCAGGCAAGGAGGAGCAGAUCAUGCGGAAGGAAAAUAUCAGGUUUCGUUCACGAUCCCCAACAAUUUUGGAAAUGUCUCCACAACUUAUUCGAAAAGCGUUAGAAUGUGUAGACUUAACUCAAUACAUGAGGCAAACAAACUCUGAGGCUCUGCUGCUCACGGAGGAACUGAAUCACCAGCAGUCAAUGCAAAAGGCAGAGGAGGUUCAUCAGUUUCGACAGUGUAGGGCCAGGCUCCUUAGCAUUCGAGGCAUUGACCAAGAAGAACGGUUUAAAUUAAAGGAUCGAGUCCUGGAGAUGUACGGGGAGAUGCGGGACGCCUUAGAUGAAGCCCGACAGAAGAUCUUCACUAUCCGGGAAGAUUAUAGAAACAAGUUGCUGGAAGCUGAGCGCCUAAGGUUGGAGGCUCUGGCUGCCGAGGAAGCGGCCACCCGGGCAGAGCCAGAAAAGAAGACCCUGGCUCCUGACAAAGAGAAAAAAAAGAAAGAAAAGAAAAAGUAACUAGGAGAGGCCCAAUACUACCUUUCUUCUUCUGAAGAAGAAUCUUUUUUUCAUGUAGAACUUUGCCUGUUGAUAAAAAUAAGGUCUUGGCCAAUUAGAAAUAGAAUUGUUCCUACCUUAGAAAUAGUUUCUGCAUUUUAAUGUGAAUUUGUUAGUUUUUCUCAGAAAGCUAUCAUUUGAAUCCAUUAGAGUUUACACUUUUCUAAUUUCAAUUUAAAAAUGCCUCAUAAUAUUUAGAAUGUAAUAAAAUGCAUAUGUCUCACUGUGAAUUGCUGCAUUAUUAAUGUUAAAACAGGAUUAUAAAUGAGCCAAUAGAAUUGCCUUUGAAAAAUUCAAUGAUGAGAAAAAUAGCUAUUGUUCUUAGAGAAAAUUUUGUCUCCAACUUUAAAAACUUUAAAAUAUUUUUAAAAAUAUGCUUCAUGCUUGUGC